UUCUGUGCAAAAUUUCAAACGCCAUCGAGUUUUAAACGAACCGUCCAUCAGCCGGUCAACCGUCGGAGAGCCACGAGAGCGUUAAAGAAGAUAGGGGUUUGUUUGUUUUUUUUCCGGACAAAGUAUAAUCUUUCCGCGAGGGCAACAUGAGAGUGAGUGAAGUCCAUGCAGCAGAAUCUGUUGCCUACCUCAACAGAGCUCUGGUCAGGCUGCAGGAUAUAUGGGAGGAAAUUGGGAUUCCUGAGGAGCAGCGCCUACAGAGAACCAAUGACGUCAACAAGCACAUCAAAGGUUUGCUGGACUUAAUGAUCGCAGAGGAAGAAGAGCUCAAGGAAAGAUUAGUAAAAAAAAUAGAUAUCUGUCGCAAGGAGCUCAAUAAUUUGUGUGUUGAACUUCAGCGGCCCCCCUUUGAGGAGGAGGAGGGCUGCACUAUGCUGCAGAUGGAGAAGAACAGCCGCACAUGCCUCGAGGUGAUGAAGGAGCACAAGAAGCAGAGAAUGGAGGAGCUUAAAGGGCUCGUUGUCAAAGACCGUGAGCUGUGUGAUAUUAUGUGCACUACCCCUUUCUGCAUUGACCACGACUCUGUCCCAUCACUCAAACAACUGGAGACAUUUCAUGCGUACCUCGAUGAUCUGACCAAAGAAAAGUUGUGUCGUCAUAAUGAAUUCGUAAGCAUAAAGAAAGACAUUAUCACAUGCAUGGAUGAUCUGGAACAGAACCCGGAGUCCAGCUUUGAGAUGGAUGUGAUGUGUGAACAUGAAGAAGCAUUUUGUCUGUCAAAUGACAACAUUGCUGCUGUUAAAAUGCUUCUCAGCGAGCUCCAGGAACGCAAGGCUCAGAAUGACCUCCGUUGUUUAGCUUUUCGCACUAAGAUCCAGGAGCUUUGGGAGAGACUUCAGAUUCCCCAAGAGGAGAGGGAACCACUCUCAGAGCAUAUGGUCAAAUCAAAGAAGAAAAACAUUGAGGCACUCGAAACUGAGGUUCAGCGUCUAGAGGUGCUGAAGAUGCAGAGCAUGAAAAGUGUAAUUGAGUCCAUCAGAGCUGAGAUUGCCAUUUUCUGGGAGAGAUGCUUCUACAGCCCAGAACAGCAGCAGGCCUUUGUUGCGUAUCAUUGUGAUGAUUUCACUGAGGACCUUUUGAAUCUGCACGAGGACGAAGUCAGGAUUCUGAAAAAAUACCACGAGGACCACAAAGAACUCUUUGAGGGAGUAACAAAGUGGCAGGAGAACUGGACCUUGUACUUACAACUUGAUAAAAAGGCCAAUGAUCCUGCUAGGUUCAACAACAGAGGUGGGAACCUUCUCAAAGAAGAGAAGCAGAGGACCGACCUGCAGAAAAGUUUGCCUAAGCUGGAAAAGAGUCUGAAGGCCCAAAUUGACGAGUGGGAGCAGGAGCAUGGCAAAGAGUUUCUGGUAAAUGGACAGAAGUUUCUCGACUAUGUGCAGGAGCAGUGGCAGCAGCACCACAGUGAGAAGGAGAAAGAGAAAAUGGAAAGGCAACUAAAGAAAACUAAACAGACUCAGGAGGACAUGUUGUAUGGAACAGCUGUGAAGACACCCACCAAAAGACGGAUAGCAGGGACUCCCACUCCGGGAAAAAUAAAGAAGCUCAAUGGCAUGUCGACCAUCUCCACUCCUAACAGCUUCCUUAGCUCGGGCCUCAGUGGGACCAUGUGUUAUUCCUCUGCCCAGAAACCACCACUGUCUGCCAGCAAGGGUCUUGGCCUGAGAACCCCUGGAAAUGGAAAGACUCCUCGUGCACUAGAGCGAAACAAGGAAAACAUCUCCCAUCUUAGAAACACUCCAAGUGGCACACUAAGGUCUCAGGAUACUCAAGAUCACACCUUCACCUUUAACUCUAUUGCUGGCUCCUAUUCGGAAUUUGCGAGAGACCUCUCGAAGGCUUCGAAAUCACAUGUGAAGACAGGACUACUGAACUCCACCGUCACUAAUCUGUGAUUCACGGGAGCCGAGUCGACACCGGGAGUCCUCCAGCUCAGCGGUAUUUUUUUUUAAUGUCGAGGGCAUUGGGUGACUAAUGUAAACUUUUAGAAAAGAUGUAAAUAUUUUAAUGUGUGAAGAUGUAGAAACUUCCUGUUGUCCUAUUUUUGUACGACUAUUUCAGGCCGCGUCUGGAACAGUGUUUUCUGCUGUAUGUGUUUUUGUGGCAGUUGACCGUUUCAUACCGUGCUCCAC